AUGUUACGAGAUGGUAGGCGACUAAAUAUUCCGUUCGACCCGAAGUCUAAGUCUCUGCGAGAUCAGAUACAGAAAAGCCGCGAUGAUUUCGCGGCAAUUUUGAACGCAGAUGCAGACGGUAUGAACCAAAUUGAAGGGUUUAGCAGACGACAGAAAAAACACCGUCGAAAACGAAGUCCUAAAAGUCGUCCGAGUCGGUUUAUCUUCGGCCACGACAACACUGUCCGCGUUCCGAAUUCUCGACGCAGACGACCACCAUUUUCGAACGUGGUCAUGUUGUCCACAGGUUGUACUGGAACCCUUCUCACAACUCGCCACGUCCUCACCGCUGCACACUGCUUACAUGACGGAGACGAGUACAAAACAACAACAUCAAAGCUCAGAGUUUUGGUGACGUCCAGAGUCGGAUAUAACGUCUUCUACGCGAAAAAAAUCAACAUCCCAUUGGGAUGGAUCCAAACCGAUGGACCUAUCGCGAAAACAACCUUCGAUUACGCUGUGAUAGAGUUAACUUCGCCAACAAAACUCGUCAAUGGAGGUUUACAAUUCAUUUCUAAUGAAAUCGACGCUAAGAGGCGUGUUCAAUUUUUCUACCCAGCCAACCGCUGGACGUUUCUCCUGCAAUCAUCUUGCGAUAUUGAGUCACGAGAUGUUGGCCUGAACGGGAAUAUUGUUUUUAGUAAGUGUGACACGGCAAGGGGCAGCUCCGGGGCCGCAGUCUUGUUGGACGGUGCGGACAGCACUAAACAGAUCGUGGGAAUUGUAUCCAAUUUUGUGACAGCUAACAGAAAUCGUAGUCAGAGUUUUACGGUUAUUAACAAACUCACUUGGUGGAAGAUUGAAGACAUUUGCAAUAUGAUUGCAACCUCUGGAGGGAAACUCGGAAUAUGUCGGAUAUGA